AUGGAGGAUCUUUAUGACGAGUUCGGUAACUACAUCGGCGAGGCCGACUCCGACGAGGAGCAAAAUGAGCAGGUCCCCGAGGCGUUCAAGUUUGAUGAAGCAUUUGAAGAUGAAGAGGAGGAAGAGGACGUGAACGACCAGCAGUUAAUGGAGGUCGAUGAUGGACCUUCAAACGCCGUCAUUUUGCACGAAGACAAGCAAUAUUAUCCUAGCGCACAACAACUAUACGGUACCGAUGUCGAGACCAUGGUCCAAGAGGAAGAUGCGCAACCUCUAUCGGAACCCAUCAUCGCCCCCGUCCAACAGAAGAAAUUUGCAAUCGCCGAAACAGAGCUCCCUCCCGUUUAUUUCUCUCGCGAAUUCAUGUCAGAUCUGCUCAACUUCCCCGAUCAAAUAAGAAAUGUCGCAGUUGUGGGCCACCUGCACCAUGGAAAGACUGCGUUUAUGGAUAUGCUGGUUCGACAGACACACGACCUGACGGAACGUCUUGAGAAGCGCAUCGGUAAGCGCAAGGAGGAGCAACUGCGAUACACCGAUGUUCACUUUUUGGAACGCGAGCGCGGUCUUUCGGUCAAGUCAGCCCCGAUGAGCUUAGUUCUCCAGGGCACCAAGGGCAAAUCCCAUCUUCUCAAUAUCAUCGAUACCCCCGGACAUGUGAACUUUGUGGAUGAAGUUGCUGCAUCGGUUCGCUUGGCAGAUGGUGUAGUCCUUGUUGUUGAUGUUGUCGAGGGUGUUCAGGCGAAUACUGAGCAGAUCAUCAAACAUGCAGUGCUGGAAGAUAUUCCCAUGACGCUGGUUGUGAACAAAAUGGACCGCCUCAUCCUGGAACUCAAGCUUCCGCCCAACGAUGCCUACUUCAAACUGAAGCAUGUGAUUGAAGAAAUCAACACAGUUAUUGAAAACGUCUUGCCAGGACAAGGUGAACGCCGACGAUUGAGCCCCGAGAAGGGAAAUGUUGCGUUCGCUUCUAGUUCGAUGAACUGGUGCUUCACAUUGCAAUCAUUCGCCAGGAUGUAUGCAGACACCUAUCCCCGACUUGACUCCACAGAGUUCGCCGCGCGACUGUGGGGAGAUAUCUUCUACAACCCCCGAAGCCGGAAGUUCACCCGCAAGGGCGUGGAAGAGAACUCCAAACGGGCUUUUGUGAAAUUCGUCCUGGAGCCUAUUUAUAAGCUUUAUUCUCACACCCUUAGCGAAAGUCCCGAGGACCUUAAGGAGACAUUAGCUUCGGUGGGCGUCCACCUGAAGCCGUCUCAGUUGAAGUCGGAUGCAACAGAGCUGCUUAACCUGGUUUGUGGGCAGUUCUUCGGCCCUCCCAGUGGUUUCGUCGAUAUGGCAGUGCAACACAUCCCUUCGCCAGUCGAGGGCGCCCAGCGCAUGCUAGAACGGUAUUAUACAGGGCCAUUGGAUUCAAAGGUUGCAAGCUCAAUGGCAGCCUGUGACCAAGAUGGACCCCUUGUGGUUCAUGUCACCAAGCUUUUCAGCAGCACUGACGCUACUGGGUUCUACUCGUUCGGAAGAAUUCUGAGUGGUACAGCUCGUCCCGGUCAGCAAGUUCGUGUCCUUGGUGAAGGCUAUACCCCCGAGGAUGAAGAAGACAUGGUUGUCGCAACUAUUUCCGACACAUGGAUCGCAGAGACUUGCUACAACAUCUCCACAGAUGGUGUUCCUGCUGGUAACUGGGUUCUCUUGGGAGGUGUGGAUAACUCCAUUGUUAAAACCGCCACCCUGGUCCCCCUUAAGCUCGAAGAAGACGAAGAACCAUUUAUCUUCCAGCCCAUUAAGCACAUGACCGAGUCGGUCUUCAAGGUCGCUGUGGAACCCGUCAACCCCUCCGAACUGCCGAAGAUGCUUGACGGUCUGCGCAAAAUUAACAAGAGCUACCCUUUGAUCUCAACCAAGGUCGAAGAGUCUGGCGAGCACAUCGUACUGGGUACGGGUGAGCUAUAUAUGGACUGUGUGCUGCACGACCUUCGUCGACUGUACUCAGAGAUGGAAAUCAAGGUUUCUGAUCCGGUGACACGUUUCUGUGAGACUGUCGUUGAGACCUCUGCGAUCAUGUGCUACUCGAUCACCCCAAACAAGAAGAACAAGAUCACCAUGAUUGCCGAGCCUCUGGAUGAAGGAAUCGCCGAGGACAUUGAAAGCGGCCGGGUCAGCAUCAAAGACCCUAUCCGGAAGGUCGCUCGCUUUUUCGAGGAUAAUUACGACUGGGAUAAGCUUGCCGCUCGCAGCAUUUGGGCAUUCGGCCCCGACGAGAUGGGUCCCAAUAUUCUCCAAGAUGAUACCUUACCGUCUCAAGUGAACAAGCAGCUUCUUGGAACUGUCCGAGACUCGAUCACUCAGGGUUUCAGCUGGGGAACCAGAGAAGGACCACUAUGCGAAGAACCCAUUCGCAAUACCAAGUUCCGACUCACAGACGUCUCCCUUGCCGAGCAAGCAAUCUACCGAGGAGGAGGUCAAAUCAUCCCAACCGCUCGUCGCGCCGUCUACUCUUCAUUCCUAAUGGCUUCCCCGCGUCUCAUGGAACCAAUCUAUUCCUGCACAAUGACCGGACCCGCUGACGCCGUGGCCUCGGUCUACACCGUUCUCUCUCGCCGACGCGGACACGUCCUCUCAGACGGUCCUAUCGCGGGUACACCGCUAUACUCCGUCCGCGGCUUGAUACCAGUGAUUGAUUCCUUCGGUUUCGAAACGGAUCUUCGCAUCCACACCCAGGGCCAAGCCUCAGUGAAUCUGGCCUUUGAUAAGUGGAGCGUUGUACCCGGUGACCCCCUGGACCGCGAUGUCAAGCUGAAGCCCCUCGAGCAGGCCGGUGCUAUGGCCACGGCUCGCGACUUUGUUCUCAAGACGAGACGUCGUAAGGGGUUGGCGGAGGAUGUUACAGUUAGCAAAUUCCUGGAACCGGAAUUAUGGAAGGGAUUGAAGGAGAGUGGUGUUUUGGACUCAUAA